CUUUCGGCGUGAUUAUCCGUGACGUCAUUUUUUCCACCAUAAGAUGAGAAAAUCCAACCACAACAAGAAACCUAACCAAUAAAUCGCACAACAGGCUAGCAUAGAAGCUAACUUACUUCCAUAUAUGACUUCUAGACAUAUUGUAGAUAAUUCAUUAUAGAAGAAUAUAUCAAUUCUGUGAAGCCGUUUGGCUAGAAUGUCCCGUCAUGAGGGUGUUAGCUGUGAUUCCUGUUUGAAAAGUAAUUUCCGAGGGAAGAGAUACAAAUGUUUGAUAUGUUAUGAUUACGACUUGUGUGCAACAUGUUACGAGGCCGGUGCAACCACUACUCGCCACACAACUGAUCAUCCUGUACAAUGUAUCAUCACUAGAUCAGAUUUCGAUAUAUUUUAUGGUGGUGAAGCUUUAACUGCUGAGCAACCACAGGCUUUUUCUUGUCCAUAUUGUUCUAAAAUGGGGUAUACUGAGGCUUUAUUACAGGAACAUGUAACAGCAGAACAUGCUGAUACUUCAGUAGAAGUGGUUUGUCCUAUAUGUGCUUCUUUACCUGGUGGUGAUCCUAAUCAUGUUACAGAUGACUUUGCUGCACAUCUGACGUUAGAGCAUAGAGCUCCAAGAGAAUUCGAGGAACCAACUGGUAUUCGUCAUGUGAGAAGAAUUCCACAUCCAGGUCGGGGUGUGAGCGGUACACGAACAAGGCGUGCAACAAAUAUGCACUUUUCCUCUGGUGGGAAUACCUUGACAGGGUUGUCUCCAAGUGGGCGGGAAGCAAUGGACCCAAUAGCAGAGUUAUUAUCACAACUUUCGAGUGUACGGAGCCGGGCUGCAGCGGCCCAAAGUGUCACAUCACAGUUACAACAGCUUGAGAUGCAGCUGCAGACAACCAGUGUUCCUUUGAUUUUCAGGCAACAGUUGGAGCGUACUCCGAGGAGACAGGCAGAUGCGGCCAAAACAACAGCAGCUGCUGGGGUAACAGCUAAUGCUGAUAGCCAGGCUGCUGCAAGCACUGGAAACAAUAACAAUUCUAGUUCAAAUUCCUUGUAUCUUCUUUCAAGAUGUACAGAACCUGUGAUAGAUGAAAGUUCUACAGAAAUACAACAAGAACGAUCCAACCGUAGCUUGUUUGUUCAGGAGCUGCUUCUGUCUACUCUAACAGAACAAUUACAAAUCAAUGAUAAUACGUUAGAAAAUAUUGAUAAACUCACAGAAACAAUUGCCUCCACAUCAUUAUCAGACGGAAGUGAAAAAGUAAAUAGUGGUUCUUCUGCCCCUUCCGAAGGGUCAGAGUCAUCGGCAAAAGAAAGUGCAGUGGUUACUACAAAAAUUUCAUUAGAGUCUGUUAGUCAAAACAACGGGGGAGCGACGGGUGUAAGUAGUAAAACUAUAGGAGUUAAGACAGUUGAUAAAGCUGGUACUAAACAAAAAGCUUCAAGCAGUUUCACACCUCAAAAUGGAAAGGGGGCAACGGGGAGUCAGUCAAAUCGAGGGGUAAGGCAAAGCUCUCUUCAUUACCAAAGCCAGGGUGAACGGGAUCGACACAGUCAAACCUUGCACAGUAUGCGGCAAGGUGCGAUGAUGCAAAAUGCUGUAGAUUUGUCAAAUAAUUUAUCAUUAAAUGUAGGUAGGGGUGGUGGUUCUGGGUACGAUACAGCAGACAACCCACAGCCGUUACCAGGGAGACCAGGGUCCGCUGGGAGAGAUAGAGAUGGGCGUAUUAACCCACCUACUGCAAAGAGAAAUAUGGUGAAGCAUUUACCCGCUACAAAAGCAUCGGACCGGGAGCCACCACCUCACUGAAAACAAAACGUAUAGAGACAUAAAAAAAACACUGAUUUAUAAACAAAAUUAUGUAUAGUUGAAUUUGUUUUCCCUUUAAAUGUAUUGUGGAUUUAUAUGAUCAAUUUAUUUAUUGACCUUUAGGAAUAACACUUGGGUGCAUAUUUAGAUUUUGGACUCUUUGUGAUUGUAAGGAUAUAUUCAAACUGACUUUGUGCACAAGACUUUAAACUUCAGCCAUGUGCUUUCAUUGCUUGCUCACUUUAUUUCACAGGGGGUAGGCUGGAUUCUUAGUAUAGAGAAAGAGGCAAAAUUCCCGUGAAGUCGGGUUUUACUAUAAUUUUCAUAUUUUAUGUUAUUAUAGAUUAAAUCAUGUGUUACUUUUUACUCUCUAAUCAUAAGACAAUGUUAUUAGGAGAUACCAAGUUUGAUUAAUUCUUUAUAAUCAUUAUUUGAAGUUUCUUUAAUUUUUUCUUUGAACACUUGUUAUUUGUUUAGAAGUAAAAAAUAAUAGCAUGUGCAAUACUGCAGCAUGUGAUAGUAUCAUAGUAGAGAUAUAUAUUCCUGCAAUGUUUGGAAAGCAUUUUAGCACGAAAAGGCACACCAAAAAUUUACACCUAUUAAAUCUUUAACAAAUAAUGGUAACGUUGUUUUAACUAUAAUUUGUGAAUGUUAUAUUGUUCGUGAACAGUUUUGAUAUGUCAAAAUAAUUCUUUCAAGUUGAUUUUACUUGAUGUUUAAAGUUCUUUUUAUUUCACUUUUAUCGUUUAUAAACUCUUGUCAGGGUUCAUUUGUACCUUUGACUUGUUGAUGAGCAGGAAUUUCUGAUAAGUUUUGCAAACAAAUAUUAAAGCAAGAUGAUAGGGUAAGAAUGGUUAAUAUGCCUGCCUCACCUUGUGAGGAUCUUUCUAAUUUACACCUAUGGAACACCAUAUGGCUGCUAUGAUAGUGAUUACAAUAGGAUAAAGGUACUUGGUACAAUCGUGCUCAACAUUAUAUACAUCAUCAUAGCCAAUUUAAAGAGUAAAUAACUAAACUGAAUUCUAAACAAACCUGUAUGUUUACAUUGCAAACAACUAACAAUACUUAAUUUAUUUUUUCUAUGUAUGAGAGGCGUUAAAGUUGAAUUAAAAGACAAUGUGUAAUAUAAAUAAGGAUCAUUUUUCAUUAAAACUUUUUUUUAUGAUGAAUUUAUGUGCACACAUGUUACUACAUUUCUCUUCCAUUGUUUUAACUUAAUUCUGGGAUAUUUUUUCAUACAUUUUCCAUCUUCACUUGAUAUAUUUAAGCAGGUAUUUAGAUAACAUGUGCAUCCACUUUUACAAAUGCAUAUCCUAAUUAUCAUUUGUCUUGAUAAUUUUUUUUUUUUUUUUUGAAGUUACAUUUUCUUGUAUGAAAUAUACCCAAAUAUUCUUAAUUGUUUGCUUAUGUAUGUACAUGGUUUGUACAGUGUAAUGUGGACAAUAAUAUUUUAUCUCCCAGAAAAUUUUUAAUCUGUUGGGAUUUACCCAUUGCCAUAAAUCAUCGUUAGGAAGUACUCUUUCUUAAAUUCAUUAAAAUAAUAUAUUUGUACUGUUUAAAGGUCACAAUUAUUAUUGGUACAGUCAUUAUCAGAAACUUGUAGAUUUCUUAAUGAAUAAUAUAUGAUUAACCGACAGUGCAGUAUUGAACCAAGCAAUAGUUAGAAAAUUUUAAAAUUGAGCUAAUUUAUCCUUUUCUCAUGCUAUUUUAAAUAAUAGAUAUAUUUUUUACCUAAAAAGUAUUUUGAAAUUCAUGCAUAUGUGUUAUUACAAUGUCAUUUUGGUGUAAGACUCUCCUUUUGGUAUGUAAGAGUUUAGGUGUUGAUUGGAUACUUUACUCCUACCAUUAUGUUGACUUUAUGAUCUUAAAACUUCAAAUCAUUUAAUUGUCAUUGUUGGCAAAGUUACGAAUAUACAACAUAUAUCCUAUUUUGAACAUCUGAUAGUAAGAUCUUGUAUUUUAGACUUGAAAUUGCUAUGUAAAAAUUUUCUGCCAAAAUAUUUGCGAGUGAUUUUAAUUAAAAUUGAAAUCUUACUAACCAUUAAAUCUGAGAGUUGUCAUUCUUAUUAUUGACAUUGUAACCUGAUGUGGUGACUAGUUGAUUGAAGUUAUUGCCUGUACUCUUUUUAUUCAUGCUUCAUUGUUACAAGUUAGUCUUAAAAUUUUGUCAUAAUGCAUGAUUUAAACUCGACUUUUCUAAGUACACUGUAUUUAAAAGAGAGUGUCUUUGUAUGUAUAAUUGUAUUUUCUUUGUGGUUAAUGAUUACAGCUUUUGUAUGAAUGCAUGUUCUAAAAAAUAGCUAUUCAGUAUAAAUUCUUUCAAGUAAAAAUCAGUUUGAAUUAAUUCGGUUUCAACAAAGGCAAGCUUGUAACCCCUGUCCUGCACAUUCUUGUAGCUUGACAAGUCUCUUCUCUCUACCAGCUAUACCAAUAUAUUUAAUCGGAAAACCUUGAUGUUAGCAAUGGACCAGCCCAGAUUUAAAGCUAGAUAAGUUCAUUAUAAUAUAAUACUAGUUAAUGUUGUAAAGAAACAAGAAUCCAACCUACCCUAUAUAUUACAUCAUGUUAUUGUCCCUUAACUCACUCUGUACAUUACACAUGUUAAUUGAUGAAACAUCUUGUUCAUACUUGUGUACAAUUUAAAACCUAUUUUUUUUGUUACAAUUACGGACAAAUCAGUUACUCGGAAGCUAAGAAUGAGUAUGACCCUUUGAUAUUUAUAUCUUGAGCUGUUGAAAUAUUGUCAUUACCAUGUAUAACAAACUGUUACUGAUAUGUGAUAGUUACAUAUAUAUGAAGGCUGUAUUACAUAAAACAUGUUGACGUGACAGUGUAUGCAUGGUGCAUAUAUAUAACAAGAAAUAUAUGUAAUGUCACCAGUUCUCUGUAUAACAUAUCUGUAUGAUGUAUCUUUAAUUAGUGCUAAUUGGAUCAUCUGUCACAACAUGUUUCUUGAAGACAAGUAUAUGAAGUAUGACAGUUCUCCAAUUAGUUGUUUAUGUUUUAGAUUAUUCUACUGUAAGCUGUACAAGUUGCUUUAAACUGGUUCUUUAGCUGCCUUCUAUGUAAUAUAUAAUAAUAACGUGAGCUUUUCUGUUUUUUAGACAAACUAAUAUGUCAGUUUAGACUGUACUGUGAAGCAUUGCUGGUACAAACUUGUUGUAUUCAGAGACUGUAGUGUUGUGCCAUGGUGAUAAAUAUUAUAUAACUUCAUUGUUAUUCACUCACGAUUAAAUCAUUUUGAAAAAAAAAAAAAUUGUUUACCAAUAUGUAUUUCACUAGUUUGAUAUUAUUGGAUGAAUGCAAGAAAUACUACACAAUAUUUGAUAGUUAAUGUCUCUUAAAGAGCAAAGGUUUCUCCAACUGAGAACAAAUAAGUGUGUUCUUUAUUCCUCCAACAAUUGUUUUCAUAACUCUCUGAAUUGGCAUAGGGAUAUUAGAUAUUAGCAUAACUGAGACAUUUUAGUCGAUCAAAAUGAUAAGAUAUUUUUUCAUUUCAACACAUCUUCAGUGUUUAAACUACUAAAAUGUUGAAUGACUGGAUUUUUUCACUGUUGACUCAACAAACACUGACAUCACUGAAACAUUUAUCUUUGUUACAUAGACCUUCUGUCUGCAUAAGCAUUUCCUUAUAAUACUUUCUUGAAUAAUUUCGCAAUCAAAGCGAUAUAAUGAUUAUAAAGCAGGUGAUAUACACCUGUGCUUUGUUUAGCUACAAUUCUUGACAUAUAAAUAUUUUUACAUUGUUAUAAAGAGACUAUUUUAUUUCAACUGACGGCUCUGUCAGUUAUUGAUUGUAAGAUUUAUAUUAUUUCUCUUUAUAUAUAUAUAUUUUUUUCUUUUUGAUUUCACACCAUAAUAUUUAAAUAACAGUGGUUCCAUAACUUAUCCAUUAAAUGGUUAUAUAUUGUUUUUUUUUCUCUUUUUAUAGUGUCACACAAUUUUCUCAGAAACAGUUCUUGUUUUAAAAGAACUACAUUAUGUAUAUUUUAGUUGUUUUCCUUUUGUUAUGUUAGGAAAUGUGUGAUAUUCUUGAUAUAGUUGAAUAUCUCUUCAAGAGUUGUUUCCCUUGCACUGUAUUAAACUGUUGUAUCAUA